AUACAUAUGUUAUAUAACAAUGUUUGUUCUAUUCUAUGGUGCACCAAUUUUUUUAAGUACAUUGCAUGCACCCAUAUAUUCCUCUUAAUAUUAACCAUUGAGGAGAUCUAAUGACUAUAAUUGUUCAAUAAACGAUUAAUAAAUAGUAGAAAAGAUGCUUGAUAUUUAUUAAAAACUAAAAAAUUCUGGUAAUUGCAAUCCAGCCCCUUCACUUCAGCCCGUCGACGGCCACCAAUUACAGUUGUGGGGCAGAUAAUUCGAAUUGAUUCAUUUUAAAUGAUUCAUUUUUUAAAACAAGAUAAUUGGCCAAUUAGUUUCGUUUUACAAUAGAUCCAUCCAAACGAAUAAUGAAAAACCGAAUUUGUAUCAUAACAUUAAAUAUAAAAAUUCAGUUAGAAUUGUAAUUUUUUUUUAUAAACAAUAACAAGUAUAGUAGCUUAGCUCUAUAGUUAAAAUACUAAUUUAUGUUUAUGAAUUUAGCACCAUCAUUAUCCCAUGGAAUCUUGACUUGUACCAUCUCAUCCCACUUGUUAUUCUCUCUAUUAUAUUACGUAAAUGAACUGCUAAGCCAACAACGAGAAGACAAACAGUGGGAAAAUGUCGUUUUAUGAACACUAUAGAGAUAUUUGAUUUAUCAUUUAUUAAGAUAUUCGUCCUCAUCGUAUCAAUGACUAAUCUCUCAUUUCAGUGGAUCAAACAAAACGAUAUAUAAUUGACAUUAAGACACAACACGAUGCAUAAAUAUAGAAAGCCAACGCUUAAAAUUUAUAUAUGUACAUUUUCUAACCACUUGAAUUAUUGGAACUGGAACUGGGUUCACAUCAUAUCAGAGCUGGUUUGAUUGUGAUGUCAUUUAUUCAAGUUCACAAGAUCCUCCAAUAUUAACAAUUCAUUCAAAGUACACGGUAUACCGCGCAUGUGCAAAUUUCAAGCUCAUGAAUUGGUUUUCGUUUGAAUGACAAGUGAUUAAUAUCAAUUUAUAAACAUUUCUCAACAACUCGAGUUAUGGAAAAAUUCUUUUAAUUUUUAUUUAGUGCAUGAACCUCCUAAUCAAAUUCUCGACAAAUUAAAUUAAUCAAGCGAGUGUCUGAGGAAGUUGUUAAAAUUCAUGAACAAACAUCUCCCAGCAAUUCUAGUUAUUGGUACAAUCGGUUUAUAAUAUGGUGCUAAAGUUGGUUUGUUAUUGAGGUCAUGUGUUCAAGUCUUUAAGACUCCAAUAUUAAUUAUCACUUGACGACCUUGUACAAACUUCAAAUUCAUAAAUAUUUUCGCUUUCGUUUCAAAAUGCACUUAAAAAAAUGGUAAGAUCCGUAUAUGUACAUUUCCCAACAAUUCGAAUUAUUAAUGCGAAUUGGUUUAGUACAAGCAAGUCUAAAUUGUUUGAAUCAAAUUAACCGAUUUUUUUGUCGAAUCAAACCAAUAACCAAGGCAUUUGGAUGAUCCUUGGUCCAGCUUCACAAACUAGGAUAAGUGGAAGUACCACUUAUCCUAAAAACGAAACGCUAAAUAAAGCAUGGCUUUAAGAACAAAAAAACGCAACUCAUCUCCUCUCUUUCCCUCACCUUCGCUGCGCUUUCCUCUUCGUCUUUCCCUCCAUCUUGUCGUCUUCUUCUUUUCUUCUACAACUUUUCCAUUUCAUGUUGGUUAUCAGCUCUACCUCUCUCACUUCUCUUCCUUUCCUCUCUGGUCUUCCUUCACUCCAAUUAUUCCUCACUCCUCUCUCAAGCUGAUGAUCCCUUGAACCUCUACCUUCCCUCUUCCCCUGAGAACUGCUGCCACAGCUUGCUCUGGCCAUGGCUUCCCCUGUACUAGAAGGAGCAGAGAUGGACUUAGAGAACGGACUUCUGACUCCUCAAAAAUCCCAAAACUCACUGGGUGAGCCAUCACCAACACCUUCACCAUCCUCUGCAUCCACAGCUCCUGCUCUGGUUCUGUCCAACUCCGGGAAAAGGAUGGAUCAAGCUGGGAAAAAGAAGUAUGUGAAGCAAGUAACUGGGCGACACAAUGAUACCGAGCUGCACUUGGCUGCUCAACGUGGCGAUUUGGCUGCUGUGAAGCAGAUUCUAGAUGGUAUUGAUUCUCAAAUGGUGGGGACUUUGACUGGAGCAGACUUUGAUGCUGAGGUUGCAGAGAUAAGGGCGUCGGUUGUCAAUGAGGUUAAUGAGUUGGGAGAGACUGCCUUGUUUACUGCUGCUGACAAAGGACACCUAGAGGUGGUGAAGGAACUACUCAAGUAUGCAAGUAAGGAGUGCACUACUAGGAAGAAUAGGUCGGGUUUCGACCCCCUCCAUAUUGCUGCUAUGCAAGGACACCAUGCCAUUGUUCAAGUUCUACUUGAUCAUGACCCUAGUCUGAGCCAAACAUAUGGUCCGUCGAAUGCCACACCUCUUGUAUCUGCUGCCACCAGAGGGCAUACUUCUGUAGUCAUUGAAUUGCUAUCGAAGGAUGGCAGCUUACUGGAGAUCUCUAGGUCAAAUGGUAAAAAUGCUUUGCAUUUAGCUGCAAGGCAAGGGCAUGUUGAAAUCGUGCGGGCAUUGCUCACUAAAGAUCCUCAAUUGGCACGAAGGACUGACAAGAAAUGGCAGACCCCAUUGCACAUGGCUGUCAAAGGUCAGAGCUGUGAGGUGGUGAAAUUGCUUCUUGCAGCUGAUGCUGCUAUUGUUAUGCUGCCAGAUAAGUUUGGUAAUACCGCAUUGCAUGUCGCUACCAGAAAAAAGCGUGCAGAGAUUGUGAAUGAAUUGUUAUUACUUCCUGAUACAAAUGUCAAUGCACUGACUCGAGAUCACAAGACAGCACUUGAUAUAGCUGAAGGGCUCCCCCUUUCAGAAGAAUCUUCUGAGAUAAGGGAGUGUCUCUCACGCUAUGGAGCCGUCAGAGCUAAUGAACUCAACCAACCAAGGGACGAACUAAGGAACACGGUUACUCAAAUCAAGAAAGAUGUGCAUACUCAGCUCGAGCAAACCAGAAGAACCAACAAGAAUGUCCACAACAUCUCCAAGGAACUGAGGAAGCUACACCGUGAAGGGAUCAACAACGCCACAAACUCGGUGACCGUUGUAGCUGUGCUAUUUGCAACCGUUGCCUUUGCAGCAAUCUUCACUGUGCCUGGGGGGGAUGAUAACAAUGGGAUAGCCGUUGUGGUGACCCAUGCUUCUUUCAAGAUCUUCUUCAUCUUCAAUGCCAUCGCUCUCUUCACAUCACUGGCCGUUGUUGUGGUCCAAAUCACAUUGGUGAGAGGCGAGACAAAAGCAGAGAAAAGGGUAGUCGAGGUGAUCAACAAGCUAAUGUGGCUGGCCUCUGUGUGCACCUCGGUGGCAUUUAUGGCCUCUUCUUACAUUGUGGUGGGCAGAAGACACGAAUGGGCUGCGAUUCUGAUAACUUGUGUUGGUGGAGUGAUCAUGGCUGGGGUACUUGGCACCAUGACUUACUAUGUAGUGAGGUCGAAGAGGAGUCGGUCAAUGAGGAAGAAGGAGAAGCAUGCCAGGAGGAGUGGGUCGAAUUCAUGGCAUCAAUCUGACUUCUCCAACUCUGAAAUUGAUCGAAUCUAUGCCCUUUAAAUGGCUGGUAAUUGUAAUCUCUCUGUAAGUUACUUCCAAAACCUGAUCUUUUACUGUAGGCUAGUGACAUGAAUGUCAGAACAACAAACAUGUCCAGCAACUAUGUAUGUAUAGAAAAGAAAGAAAGAAAAAAACAAAGCUUUGAUUUGCAUCUGGGUGAGUGGAUUUCUUCUCUGAGGCAGCAGCUGGAUUCUCGAGCUAACUGAUAUGAGCAGAAAAUUAGAAAUGCUUUGAGGCUGCCUGCCAGGAUUAUGUGCACGAGAGGAAUCUUUUUUCUUUUUUGUGUUUGAGGAAAAAUAAUCUUCUUAUUGUUGGUGAAAUUGGUCAAAGCGGACGGCUACUCUAAUCACAUGGAUGAAAAUGACUUGCAGGCAGAGAGAGGAUCUAGUUCUGCUCCUCUGCCGGCUCUCAACAAUGGGGAUAAUAUUUCUAUUCUAAAACUGUAAUAAAUAACAAUGACAUUUUAUUUGGAGUGGUUAUAGAACUGUUGACCAAUAGCACAUGCUAAGAAUAAGAUCCUACAUUUCCAUCCCUUGAGUUCUUCUCAAGAUUUUCUUAAUCCGUUCUCCAGAACAAUUAUCUUCGUGAACCGUCUUACUGAUAUCUUUUGAGUUCAUCCACUUUAUUCAUAUCUGACUAUCGAGGAUAUAAGAAAUCUCAAUUUGUUGCUCCUCUCACUUGUUCUUAUCAGAUAAUUUUCGAGUUUGAAAUGGUUAAGAAGUUUAUGGGUUGUGCUAAGAAAAUCAAAGAUUUGGAACAGUUAUUUUUACUUACAUUCUGAAGUCUUUGUAAUACCAAUGAAAGCUCUAUAGCAGGCAGUAGCCCCUCAAUCAGAUCCUGUGGCUAUUGAGACCAAACAGUGGAAACAAAAACCAGAAACAAAAAAGAACCCAUUUGAAGUUUUCUUGGUGGCCUUAUUGGGUUUGGCUUCUAGUCUACAAUUGUUGGGGAGUGGAUGGUAUCUCUCACCACUUUUAACCUUUAUGGCUGAAAGUGGGUGUGCAAAAUUGGACUCUCAUUUUUUAAGUUCAGUUUUGAUCUCAUUUGCUAUUAUGGUUGAAUUCUUCUGUCUAGGUUAAAUCAAAGGCAGGCUAGGGUGAUGGAGUCAUUAAACAUUAUUGUUCCUGUCAAGCUGAUAACUUUUUCCUCCCAACUUCUUCCCUGCAUUCCAAUCUCUCAUUUGUCCAUUUUCUAACACCUACUUUAGAGUAUGUAAAACAAAAACACCUAAUAUAGAGACAAAACCUACCUAUAUGGAUCCACUACCUGUUUAAUUUGUGAAGUUACACACAUCAAACUCCCCCUUGGUCUUCUAUUACAGCUUGCAAACUGCAAUAUAUGAAGUGGCUGGUGAGAAUAGACCAGAGAUUUCAGAUGAAACACAUAUCAGCUUUUCAAACUGCAACUGAUUAAAUCCUGGGUUCUUUUCAUUAGGACCCACUCUGAACACUGUAAUGGAUUGGAGGACAAGCAGCUCAUUUAGUUGUGGUUAAGCAAGGUAUUAUGAUACCCUCCUUUCCUUCUAAUUGUGGAAACCCAAUGGCAAUAUGGUGGUAGAAAAGAAAUGGGUCCUUUGAUGGCUUUGUUCUUUAGUGUUUUCCAGAGAGCUACUCUCUAAGUGCUGAGAGACAUCAUUUGCCCUAUGUCUUUUCCUCCUGCAUAGCUUUCUUUGCCUCUAAUCCUGUCCAAAAUGUUUGCUGACAUGUCCACUUAGCUUAGCACUCACUGUACUGGAACUCACCAAACAAAAAAGAGUAAAAGAAACAAAGGAAGUUGGGGGAAAGAGACCAAGAAGGAUGCUUGUCUGCACUUCCAAAAAUAAUGCUCAUUUGGAGAAAGAAGGUCCCUCAAUGUUUGCUUGUUGAUUAAAAGGAAUCAUCUUUUCUCCUUGUUUACAUUUGAAAUGAAGGUAGUUGGUCUGUUGGGUUACACCUGAGAGGCAGACAGGUGGGUUUCUUUCUUAGCCCAAGGUUAUGAUUAAAUAUAUGUUGUUCUACCAAUGGAUGGGACACAAUGAUGCUUAUCUUUGCCUAAUCUACAAUUUUUAAGCUUUACUAAAUGCAACUUUAAGGAGACAUCAUUGGAUUAUAGAAAUGAGGUUCUUUUCCCUUUGUUGUUGUGUGCUAAUGAUUCUAGAAAUGGUAGUGAUUAAGCUGGAUUGACCUGAAACUUUAUUGCUAAGUGGUGUCAAAUCACUUCCAUAACCCUGGAUUUUUUGUCUUCUGGCUUUUCAUCAUUAACUUAAUAGUGAACUAUCAAGUGACUGGGGAUAUCAAUAAUGGGUAGUUGAUGAUCUCUAAAAACCAUGAGAUCAAUCUCUUCAAUUGCAUUUUGAAGUCAAGAUUACUGUAGGCUUGUGAAUGUCCAUCUUUGUGAAGCUAUUCAUCAGUCUGAGUUGUGGAAACAGUUGACUUUCUUUCAAAGUACAGCAAAGUUGCAAUAUGACCCCCAGGUACACGAAGUUGUUUGCUUGGCUGGGUAUAACGGAACAGUAAAUGUCCAUUUAGUGUUGGUGACAUUGAAGGAUGGAUUCUGAAAGCUGACAAAAUUCUGAGUUUUAACUUUUCUGCUUUUCAUUCCAUACCUUUUAGCUAUCAGCCACUGUAAAAGUUGAAACUUACAGACUGCAAUGGUGGUGGAAGACUGGAAUAUGAUUUGGGAGGUGGAAGGUGUACAAAUUUUUUUUUUUUUUUUCCUUUUCAUUUUGCAAGCUGCAAGUGAUGGAAAGUUCUGCAAGCUUACUGCAGUUAAGAAAUGUAAGCUUUUUCC